AAGCACUUAUUCAUCACCAUCACAUUCACUAACCUAGAAACCCUCAUCUCUCUUCAGCGAUCUCUCCAAUGGAGUACAACGCCAUGGUUUGGUUUCGCAAAGGGCUUCGAAUUCAUGACAACCCAGCCCUUGACCUCGCUUGCCGGCGAUCAAAGCAUCUCUUCCCGGUCUUCGUUCUCGAUCCGCGAUACCUAGACCCGGACCCCUCGGCCUUCUCUCCCGGUUCCACUCGCUCUGGCCUUAAUCGGAUCCGGUUCCUCCUGGAAAGCCUCUCCGAUCUAGAUUCCAGUCUCAGGAAGCUUGGUUCUCGUCUCCUUGUCCUCCGCGGGGAUCCCGUCCGUGUGGUUUCCCAGAUUUUGAUGGAUUGGAACAUUGGAACCCUUUGCUUUGAGUUUGAUACGGAACCCUACUCACAAGUUCGAGAUAAUCAAGUGAAGGAUUUUGCAUCAAAAUGUGGGAUUCAGGUGUUUUCUCCCAUCAGCCAUACUCUCUUCAAUCCUGUAGAUAUCAUCAAAAAGAAUGGGGGAAAGCCACCUUUGACAUAUCAAGCAUUUGUGAAGCUUGCUGGGAAACCUCCACCACCCCUUACUGAAACAUACACUUGGCUCCCUCCAAUAGGUGACCUACAGGGCUGUGAAUUGUUAGAUAUUCCACAAAUUGAUGAACUUGGCUAUGGAGAUAUAAGUCAGGAAGAAUUUUCUCCCAUUCGAGGAGGUGAAUCAGAAGCUCUUAAGAGGUUGGAGGAAUCCCUCAAAAAUAAGGAGUGGGUGGCAAAAUUUGAGAAACCUAAGGGUGAUCCCUCUGCAUUUCUUAAGCCUGCAACCACACUCUUAUCACCAUAUUUGAAGUUUGGGUGUCUUUCAUCAAGAUACUUUUAUCAGUGCAUUCAGAAUGUUUACAAAAAUGUUGGAAAACAUACAUUCCCUCCAGUUUCACUUGUUGGGCAGUUAUUGUGGCGAGAAUUUUUCUAUACUGUGGCUUUUGGAACUCCAAAUUUUGAUCAAAUGAAAGGAAACAAAAUUUGCAAACAGAUUCCAUGGAAUGAUAAUGAAGGAUUACUUAUUGCUUGGAGAGAGGGUCGAACUGGAUAUCCAUGGAUAGAUGCUAUUAUGAUCCAGCUUAAGAAGUGGGGUUGGAUGCAUCAUCUAGCACGCCAUUCAGUUGCAUGUUUUUUGACUCGUGGUGAUCUGUUCAUUCAUUGGGAGAAAGGGCGUGAUGUGUUUGAGAGACAACUUAUAGAUUCUGAUUGGGCAAUAAACAAUGGAAACUGGUUGUGGCUUUCUUGUUCAUCCUUCUUCUACCAGUAUCACCGCAUAUACUCCCCCACUACAUUUGGAAAAAAGUACGACCCUGAUGGAAAGUUCAUCAGGCAUUUUCUACCCGUGUUAAAAGAUAUGCCGAAGGAGUAUAUAUAUGAACCUUGGUCUGCACCACUUAGUGUCCAAGAAAAGGCAAAAUGCAUAAUCGGAAGAGACUACCCUAAACCAGUGGUCGACCAUGGCAUAGCAAGCAAAGAAUGCAAGAGGAGAAUAGGAGAAGCUUAUGCAUUAAACCUUCCUAGUGACAGCUUGGAAACUGAAGAGAAAUUAAGUGGGCUCAGGAGGAAAUUGGAAGAGGAUAAUAAGGACAUUACUACAUACAUCAGUUCAAAACAGAGAAAGAGAAAAGAUAAGUAACAGGGCUGCAUCUUUUAUAAUGGAUUAAUCAGAUAGAAACUUUGAAUAGUUCAACCUUGUUUUCAAAAGUCAGCGUCCUUUACCAGCUAACAAUUUGUUUUCCCCUCUGCCCACAAUUAUGUUGUUUAAGGUAAGAAACACUCAUCAAUCUUGCAAUGGAAUUACGUCAUGAUGAUACCUUCGGCUCAUUAGCUAACUGAAUUUGUGUUAUUGGAAUUCAACCACAUUUUGUGUAUAAGUAACAGGAAUCAGAAAUUAAUGCAAUUUCACUAUGUUAUUUAUUGGGCUGCUAAUAAUGAUUUCCAAAGAUGUAGAAAAUUAAACUUUUUUUUA